AUGCCCCGCAAACUGGCAAACCCCUUUUCAACCUCUUCCGCCAUGUCACAGUCUGAAAAGGUUGGCGAACGACGUCCCUCAACAUCCAAAGGAAACCGCAUCAGCCAAUUCUUCUCCUCAAGUCCCAAGUCCAAGGAGCACUCCUCCGCCCAGCAGGCGCUACUCGCCAUGCAGCAGCAGCAGCAGCAGCAGCAGCAGCAGCAGCAGCCGCCGCCGCCGCACCAUCCUCAGCAGCAGCAUCUGCCUCUGCCGGUUGCGACCCCAUUCCAGCAGGCUCAAGCCAACGGGUUGCCGGCUGGCAUCUCGCCUUCGUCCCCUUCACUUCCUAUUAUAUCCUUGUCCACCGCCGUUGCUGGCGAUCACAACAGCUCCGAACCCCCUACGACAACCCUUUUCCGGCCCAGGUCGGCGGAGGAAAUGGAAAGAAAGAGACGAGCAGAUGCUCAGUUUGGCCCUCUGUGCCACUCCAGUCACCUCUACGUUAGCAAGUCUCAUGGCGUUCCUCUGGAACCACCUGUUGAAGACGAGCCUCCCUAUUAUUUUCUCCUCACCACCUACAUCAGCUACCUCCUCCUCAUCCUCGUCGGCCACAUCUGCGACUUUUUCGGCAAGAGAUUUGGAAACAAGAAACACUACGACUCCCUCAAGGUUCAGAAUGGCUAUGCCCCUCUCAAUGAUGAUUUCGACAGUUUUUACACUAGGCGGUUAAAGAUGCGCCUGGACGACUGCUUCGCCCGCCCGACCAUUGGCGUUCCAGGACGCUACAUCACCCUCAUGGACCGCAAGUCGGACGACAACAACCGCACGUAUCGAUACACCGGGACCUACACCGAGACCCUCAACAUGAGCUCUUACAACUACUUGGGAUUCGCCCAGUCCGACGGCCCCUGCGCCGAUGCCGUGGAAGAAUGCGUCAGACGAUACGGCGUCACCUCUGCCAGCCCUCGAGCCGACGCUGGCACGACCGAUCUGUCUCUGGAGGUGGAACGGGAAAUCGCAGCUUUUGUCGGCAAACCCGACGCCAUGGUCUUCUCCAUGGGCUAUGUCACCAAUGCCAGUUCCUUUCCUGCUCUUGUCUCCAAGGGCUGUCUCCUCAUUUCGGAUGAGCUGAAUCACGCUUCCAUCCGUAUCGGAGCCCGACUCUCUGGCGCCGUCAUUCAGUCAUUCAAGCACAACGACAUGUCCGACUUGGAGCGUGUUCUCCGGGAGAACAUCUCUCAGGGACAGCCGCGCACCCACCGGCCGUGGAAGAAGAUCCUUGUCGUCGUGGAAGGCUUGUAUUCCAUGGAGGGAACCAUGUGCGACCUGCCCGGCGUGCUGGCUUUGAAGGACAAGUACAAGUUUUACCUCUUUGUUGACGAAGCCCAUUCCGUCGGCGCCCUGGGACCUCGCGGCCGCGGCGUCUGCGACUACUUUGGCAUCGACCCCGCGCGGGUGGACAUUUUGAUGGGCACCUUGACCAAGUCCUUUGGCGCCAACGGUGGCUACAUUGCGGCCGAGAAGCACAUCAUCGACAAGCUGAGGAGCACAAACGUGUCGACGCAAUACGGCGAGUCGCCCGCUCCAUGCGUCCUCAUGCAGAUUCUCGCGUCUUUGAAGCUCAUCACGGGCGAGCUCUGCCCCGGCCAGGGUGAGGAGCGGCUGCAGCGCAUCGCGUUCAACUCGCGCUACCUGCGACUCGGCUUGAAGCGUCUUGGGUACAUUGUCUACGGCCACGACGACUCCCCCAUCAUCCCCGUGAUGCUGUACAAUCCCGGCAAGAUGCCGGCCUUUAGCCGAGAGAUGCUGAAGCGCAGGAUUUCCGUCGUCGUCGUGGGCUAUCCUGCGACACCCUUGAUCAGCUCCCGUGCGCGCUUCUGCGUGUCUGCCGCCCACAACAAGGACGACCUCGACAGGCUCUUGGCAGCCUGCGACGAGGUUGCCGAUGUCAUCCAGCUCAAGUUUUCCACCGGUGUAGCCGGCGGGCUCGAGCCACUGCCGGCGACGGUUGAUGUUGCCCCCGAGCGAGAGAGCGAAUGGAGAAGGGCCAACGGAGUGCCCAUGACGCCUCCCCGCUGGACUGUCCAAGACAUUGUGCGGUGCGGUGUGCGCGAUGCCAAGCGCCCUCUGCGGUGA